CCAGUACUCACUCAUGUUUUUAUAUAAGAAGAAAGAAAAAUGGACUAAACAGAAACUUGGUCUUAAUUAAUCAUAUAUAUAUAUAUAUAUAUAUAUAUAUAUAUUGCAGCCCCACACAUGCAACCACUCUCUCUUUCUCAAUCACUUUGUCUGUGUAUAUACAGAUAUAUGCAUUUGUAUUCUCUAUCCCUGGUUAUAUAAACAAACUCAUGUCCAAAGCCUCUCCAGUUUCAUAUAUGCAUUUUUCUCAACUCUACUAAUUUCUCUUCAAAAUUUUAUCAAAGCUUAUUGUUUGGUUAAGUUCCUCAUAUUCAAGAUGGGAGAAAUCGAUUACCAACCAACAAACAACUCCCAGCACAACGUCGGCCGGCUGAAGCUCUUCGGGUUUAACGUUUCAUCAUCAGAGCAUGAGAUGGAUUAUAUGUCUCCCGCAACCAAAAUCAGUACAGUUAAUAGAUCUUCUUCUGUUGGAUCAUCACGGCCGCCGGAUAAUGAAGUCGUCGCUUGUGGAGAAUCCCUGAGCGGAGUUAGUAAUUGUACUACUACUAGUACAGAUGUCCGGAAAUUUGAGUGUCAAUAUUGUUGUAGGGAAUUUGCAAACUCGCAAGCAUUAGGUGGCCAUCAAAAUGCUCAUAAGAAAGAGAGACAACAACUUAAACGAGCUCAAAAUCAAAUGCAAGCUGCUGCUGCUGCCGCUGCAGCGGCAGCUAAUAGAACGACCACCAAUAUCUCACCAUCGUACGCACGAAGUCCAAUGAUCUCGGCUUUUGCUUCACCACCACAUCUUUUACCUGCAUCUGUUGCUCCAAAUCAUCAUCAUCAUCAUUCACCGCCCUGGUUUUACAUGACCUCGCCUACUCAUCCUCAUGUUGUACCACGGGGAGAGCCGUUUCAUCAUCAAAUUUCCCAUGGGUGCGUGUUUCCAUCUGCAUCUGGAGUAAUAAUGCCAUCACUGAGUAGAUUCCCGUCAACGACAACGACAUUUUUAGGGAACGAGUUUAUUAAUGGUGAUCAUAAUCGUCAUGAUGGGAAGGGGAUGGGACAUUCUAGCAGCUUUGAUGAUAGUUUUGGCACAGGGUUAGAUUUGCACCUGAGCCUCGCGCCAUCUGCGCCUUAGUCCGAAAUGAUUAAAUGAUUACAUGAUAGUGAAACUUACUGCUGUUGUUAAUGAGUUGGCUUGAAGUUUCUUAAAGGUUAAUCAGUUUUAGUUAGUUCUAGAAAGAAUGUCGUCAGCCUAUCCCCCACUGUGGACUGCCGUCUUCACCCUGGCUCGUCACCGGAGACUGUUUACUGAAGCAACUGUGGACAUGCUGCUUAUUAUAUUCCUGAGUUUGAUGAUCUCCAAAUUGAUCGUGUGUGUAGUAGCUAUCUACUAGUAAUUGCCUACAACUCACGUUCAUUUAUUGUAAAUUUCUCAUUUUUUGUUAAUAUCUUCUUUGAAAUCAAACUGCCAAUUUCUUACUUGUAUAACGUUCUUGAUGAUCACCUAAUGCUCCCUUUUGCUGCUAUUUGAGCUU